UAUCCAAGUCCAACGGUUGAGCUUAGCCGCCCCGGCCCUAUAAGCAUGCGUUCAACCCUGCCUGCCGUUAACAUCACUGCCACGGACGGAGUACGACUUAGCAGCAAGCCGAUCAGCAGAUCACUUGCUGGUGUGCACUGUGCAAUAUUGCGUGAUCCGUGCGUGCAACUGAUCGAGCGAUCAUUCAUGGCCAUGGCCAUGGCCAUGGCGGAGCAGAAGCCGCACGCGGUGUGCGUCCCGUACCCGGCGCAGGGCCACAUCACGCCCAUGCUCAAGGUGGCCAAGCUGCUGCACGCCCGGGGCUUCCACGUCACCUUCGUCCUCACCGAGUUCAACUACGCGCGCCUCCUCAAGUCGCGCGGCACGGCCGCGUUCGACGCCUGCCCCGGCUUCCACUUCACCGCCAUCCCGGACGGCCUCCCGCCGUCCGACCCCGACGCCACCCAGGACAUCCCCGCGCUCUGCCGCUCCACCAUGACCACCUGCCUUCCCCACCUCACCGCCAUCCUCGCCCGCCUCAACGGGCGCCCCGACUCCGGCGUGCCGCCGGUGACCUGCGUCCUCUGCGACGGCGUCAUGUCCUUCGCCUACGAGGCCGCCAGGGAGAUCGGCGUGCCGUGCGCCGCGCUGUGGACGGCCAGCGCUUGCGGCUUCAUGGCGUACAACCACUACAAGCAGCUCGUCCAGGAGGGGCUCGUGCCGCUCAAGGACGAGGCGCAGCUCACGGACGGGUACCUGGACACGGUCGUCGACGGCGUGCCGGGCCUGUGCUCCGGCUUCCAGCUGCGCGACUUCCCGAGCUUCAUCCGGACCACGGACCCAGACGACGUCAUGCUCAACUUCCUCAUCCGCGAGUGCGCGCGCCUGACGCAGCCCGACGCCGUCAUCAUCAACACCUUCGACGACCUCGAGAAGCCGGCGCUCGACGCCAUGCGAGCCAUCCUCCCGCCCGUCUACCCCCUCGGCCCGCUCCUCCUCCACGUCCGCCGGCUCGUCCCCGCGGGCUCCCCUCUCGACGUCGGCGUCAGGUCCAACCUGUGGAAGGAGCAGGACGGGCUGAUCGAGUGGCUCGACGGCCGGCCGCCGCGCUCCGUCGUGUACGUGAACUACGGCAGCAUCACCGUGAUGACGAACGAGCAGAUGCUGGAGUUCGCGUGGGGGCUGGCCAACAGCGGCUACCCCUUCCUGUGGAACGUCCGGCCCGACCUCGUCAAGGGCGACGCGGCGGUGCUGCCGCCGGAGUUCCAGGCCGCCAUCGAGGGACGCGGCCUUCUGACGACGUGGUGCCCGCAGGAGGUCGUGAUCGAGCACGAGGCCGUGGGCGUGUUCCUCACGCACUCCGGGUGGAACUCGACGCUGGAGAGCCUCUGCGCCGGCGUGCCGAUGCUGAGCUGGCCAUUCUUCGCGGAGCAGCAGACCAACUGCCGGUACAAGCGCACGGAGUGGGGCGUGGGGAUGGAGAUCGGCGGCGAGGUGCGGCGGGCGGAGGUGGCGGCCAUGAUACGGGAGGCCAUGGAGGGCGAGAAGGGGGAGGGGAUGCGCCACCGCGCUGCGGAAUGGAAGCACAAGGCAGCGCGGGCGACCCUGCCAGGUGGCCCCUCGGAGACCAAUCUGGACGGAUUAAUUCGUGUGCUCAUGGGCAAUAAGACGAGUAAGAAUUGAGUGUAGAAAUCACACGUCCCUGAUUUCAUUCUGUCAGGGGCAUUUCCGGGGCUUCUGAAUUUGCCUAUUUGAUGAUGAUGUGCGGAUCUGCUCAUAGUUUGUAGCACGCGUAUUGUUCUGUUUUGUUUGUUAAUGUAAACAGAAACCAUUCCAUUUAUCAAAAUAUUUGUCCAGUGGUCA